CUCUCUUUUUCUCUUUUCCGGUGCUUCCCCGCACGCUCGAUUCGUGCCAUCACAUCACACGUAUGCAAGAUCCGGGCCGUUAAUCAGCCGGCCCCACUCUGGAUCUGUCGUAGAUCUUGAAAUCAGAUCAAUCCACUUAUCAGGGAAAAGUUUUGGAUGAUAGGAACAUGGUUUCGAAGAGAUUGCUGAUGGAUGGUGCAAAUAUGAAAAUAUCUGUGCUAGUCUUCUCAUGCUUCAUAUUGAUUUUUGCUCUACCAUAUUCCGAUGGAUAUACUUAUGAACAAGAUGUUUAUGCAAUAAAUCACUUGUUUGCUUCAUUGGGUUCUCCUCCUCUUCCUGGAUGGAUCGCGGAUGGAGGUGACCCUUGCAUGGAGGGCUGGCAAGGUGUUCUUUGUGUCAACUCCAACAUAACUGCAAUAAUUGUUAAUGGUGCCAAUUUGGGAGGAGCAUUGGGUGACAAAUUAGGGAACUUUUCAUCCAUAAUAUCAAUAGAUUUGAGCAACAACCAUAUUGGUGGGCGCAUUCCUUAUAAUUUGCCCUCAACAAUAAGAUCAUUUUUCCUUUCAGAUAACAGAUUGAAUGGAAGUAUCCCUGAUUCCUUAUCAACACUAUCUCUUCUAUCAGAUUUGUCGUUGAAUGGUAAUCUUUUAAGUGGAGAAUUGCCGGAUGCCUUUCAGGACCUCACUGGGUUAAUUAAUCUUGAUUUGUCUUUUAACAACUUAAGUGGACAAUUGCCGCCCUCUUUGGGGAACUUAUCAUCUUUAACAACCUUGCACAUGCAGAACAAUCAGCUAUCUGGAACCCUUAAUAUUUUACAAGAUCUUCCCCUGAUUGAUUUGAAUAUUGAGAAUAACUUAUUUUGGGGCCCCAUGCCAUCAAAGUUGCUGAGCAUCCCAAAUUUUAAAAAGGAUGGAAACCCGUUCAAUACUACUGUUCUUCCAUCACCACCUUUGCCAGCACCAUCCCCGUCGCCACUUUCUGAGGCACCACCAGCUCCUGAACCCACACGCGGAGACUCGAUAAAUAGUCCAUCUACUCAAUAUGGUCCACAACCUAAGAGAUCUAGACAAAACAAUGUUUCGAUUGCAAUUGUGGCUGUUGCGGUAGUAUUAUGUAUUGUAGCCGUGCUGCUAUUUAUAUGGUUGAGAACAUGCUGCAAAAGAAAAUUAGAGGUUACUCAGAAAACUGCCGAGAGGCUGGGAAAUGAUGCAUAUAAAAGACCUUACUGUAAUCUUAAAGGCAACGCUUCUGUGAUUCAGCAGACCAAUCAAUUGGAGAAAGAUGGCUUUCCAGAUUUGUUGCAAUCAGUUGCAGUUCGCAAGGAGGUUAUUCAGAAGUCAAAGGAGGAAUGUAAGAUUGAUAUUACUCGGAGGGAGUUCAUUUUAAUGCCUCCGCUUGAUGAGAAAGUAAAAGUAAAUACCAUUGCACCCACCAAAUCAGGAAAAGCUCUCAAUCCCAUAACUUCUGUUACGUCCUUUACGAUUGCAUCCCUUCAAGACUUUACAAAUAGCUUUGAUGAAGAAAAUCUUAUUGGCGGCAAGACGUUGUGCAAAGUUUAUCUGGCAGAGCACCCCAAAGGACGGCUAUUGGCAGUGAAGAAAUUGAAUGGAUUUCGCAUGUUGCGAACAGACAGUGCUUUUCUUAGCUUUGUCUCAAGUAUCUCUGAGCUUCAACAUGUUAAUAUUGUAAAGCUUGUGGGUUACUGUGGCGAUUAUGAACAACGAAUACUUGUCUAUGACUACUGCAGCAAUGGAAAUCUUGAGAAUGCCCUCCACUCUAGUAAUGAAAUAAAAAAGAAAUUAUCAUGGGAUGCCCGCAUUCAGAUAGCCCUCGGAGCUGCAAGGGCCCUAGAGUAUCUGCAUGAAGUUUGUCAACCGCCUGUUAUGCAUUAUAAUUUCACAUCUGCCAAUCUCCUCCUUGACGAUGAGCUUGCUGUACAUGUCUCCGAAUGUGGGUUGGCUCCGCUUAUUUUGUCAGAUUCUAUAAGAGGGAUGUCAGGACAUGUACAAUCAUCAGUGGUUUAUGGUGCUCCGGAGUUCACCCAGUCGGGAACAUAUACAUGUCAAAGUGACAUUUACAGCUUUGGAAUUGUAAUGUUAGAACUACUUACCGGACGUAAAGCUCAUGACAAAUCCCAGCCAUAUGCUGAGCAAUCUCUAGUGAAAUGGGCAUAUAGUCGGCUUCACGACAUCGAGUCAUUGUUGCGAAUGGCUGAUCCUUCUCUCAAUCCAACACAAAUGAAGAAGUCCUUGUCAAAUUUUGCUGACAUCAUUUGCUUAUGUAUUCAGCCAGAGCCGGAAUUCCGGCCGCCAAUAUCUGAGAUUGUGCGAAAGCUUCAAAUGAUGAUGCCAUUGGAGUCAAGGUAGAGAUGUACAGUGAAUGUUUCUACUUUUGAGUCGAGAAAAUCAGCUCGAAGCUAUCGAAUUUCAAUAGAUUGAGUCCCAACCAUUGUACAGUAGAAGACAUGGGGUGACAACAGAAGUUCCCCGCGAUGAUUUCGGUUUGUUAAUUCUUUUGCUUGAUUAGAAAUGAUCAUGGCCAUUGAUUUGCAAUGGCAAUAGAGAUUCUCAGUGAUGAUUUCAAUUUGAUAAUUGUUGUACUUGAUUAGAAAUGAUCAUGACCAUUGAUUUGCAAUUCUGUAAUGAUGUAACAAUCGCUGCUGUCCACCAAGUGGGCCUUAUCUUGGAGGGCCUAUAUUUCAAAGAUCACACCAUUAGAUAUUUAAUCCAUGACCGUUUGAAUGAAUAGUGACUGUAAAACAGAUCUUGGAUGCA